GUGUGUAUGUGUGUGUGUGUGUGUGUGUGUGUUUUUUUUUUAAAGCUUGGGUUACAGGUGCACAUUUAAAAAUCAAUUUCUUUAGUUAUGUAAGCAGGAAGAUUAUGCACUAGGCUGGCUUAGGGAAAAACAAAUUCUGUGAGGCUGUUUCUGAAAAUUAACUAUAGUGAAGUGGAGCACCUGCCUAGCAAAUGUGAGGGUCUCAGUUCAAAAACCCCAAUACUAUCCCCCCAAAUUUAUUUCAUCAAUUCUAAAAUGAAUUGUAAACUGUACUGUUCUUCUAUGAAUAUAAAAUUUUUAAAUAUUUUUAUUCUAUACCACUCACGUAUGUAAAUAGUAAAUUAUACAUGAAAAAAGUAGUUUUAUUAGUCUAGUUUUCCCAUUUAAAUUAACCUUAAUCACUCUUUACUCAAAAUUUUUGGUAUCCUUGGGUGUUUUUAAGUGUUGUCUUUGGACCUUGAAUAAUUUUGGUGAUGGAAUUUCUUAAUGUCACACUGUUUAUGAAAGUGCUUCUCUUAGAUUUUUUUCCUAUGUCACUAAUAAAUCCUCUUGACCCUGUCUCUAAAAUACCCAGCAAAACAGGGAUUGAUGCUCUGCUCAAGUGGUAGAGCACCAACUGAGCUGAACAAGCCAAGUAAGCACAAGGCCCCGAUUUCAAACCUUGGUAUCAUCAGAAAAAAAGUUAGCUGAUUGACAUGUCAAGAGGACAAUAAGCAAGUUCACAGAUACUCAGAGCAUGACUGCUCUACUGCUGAAGGCAAUUGUAAGAUGCUCCUUCGAGGACAGUCAUUUCAAAAUGUUAAGAUGUGAAGUAAGUGUGUCUUAGAAUUGAAGAGAUAAUGUACCAUACACAUUCAAAUCACUUAAGAAAAUUUCACUACCCAAAGUGGUGUUGCUUAUUAAGGUCUCUGGUUCGAUGCAAUUGUAAUGUAUUAGGUUGCAUUGGCAUCUUUAUUUUCCUUUUAUUUGUCCUUUCAAUUGAAACUAAGAUCUUAGAUUUAUUUUAAAAAUUACAUACGAUGGCAUACCAUCUACAUUUCAUGGAAGAAAUAGGGAGUUAUGAAAAGGAAGUCAAAUCUGAUUGAUUGGAAGCUAAGGCAUUGGAACAGAAGAUUACCAACUCUUUUAUUCUGUUUAGUAGUUGGGCAUUCAAUUUGUUGUUGGGGCGGGGGCUGCAGCAGACUGAAUUGUACUCACCUCCGUUACUCUUGAAUUAAAUCAUCACAACCCAGCAACACUUCACUUGUAUUUAAAAAUCAAAUCCUGAUCAAAGGCCUAAAGGGGAAGACUUACAGAUGGGUGAACUCGCAUUUUUAAUGUAUGCAAAGCCCUCUGAAAAUUUACUAGACAGGGACUCAAGUAAAAAUUUAGGCACCUUUAGGAAUUAACUGAGCAGCUUAGAGAUUCAGGGUUAUACAUUAAUAGGUUCCCUAAAUGCUCGAGGUUGGUCGCAUCCAUUACUGCACAUCAAAUUUCUUUUCCAGAUGAUUGAAAUCCUAAUAUCUUGAAGGCAGACAAAGGGGUUCGCUUGACUGACGGGCCCCAGCGCUGGCGCGGCGCUUCCAGGCGCUGUGGGGAGAUGCUACGGCGCUGACGUCACCGGUUGCCAUGGCCGCGCCCGCCGGAGGCAAAGGGGCGGCGCCGCGGGCUGACUGCAGCAGUGCUGCUUUACUGCGGAGCACCCGGGACGCUGCUCGGUCGCUACGGCUCUGACACCCACCAAAAUGAGCGGCCUGGAUGGGGGCAGCAAGCUCCCCGUCGCCAAAGCCAUAGCUCCUGGCGACGACGCGCCGGCAGACCCGGCUCUAAAUCGGUGCCCGGGUGUCGGCGAGGCGGCCGAGGCGGCGCCGGCCAUGGCGGACUCAGGUGAGCGCGGUCCCGAGGCCGCAGUGCGGGGCGGCGCAUCCUGGGGUCCCGAGGGGUACAAUGGCCCCUCGCUCCCCGUCGGUGCCGGCAGCCUCGGCGAUGCCGAGCCUCCAUCCCAGGGCCCGGACGCGGCCGCCUCCGGCACCGCGGGGAAAGAUGACAACAGCCAGAAAAAUGGCUGUCAGCUCGGGGAGCCGCGCAGCCCCGCCGGGCCGAAGGCUCUGGGGGCCGGUGGCGCAGCGGGGGCGGGGGCGCGCAUGAUACCUGCAGCCAAGGCCAAGGAGGCCACGACCAAGAAGGGCGCCAUGUCCGCCGCCGCGGCCAAGCCGGGCGAGGCGGAGGCGGCGGCGGAGGAGAAGAAAGUGGGACCCAAGGAAAAGAAGGCGGCCGCGGGGGGAAAGGAGGAGCCACGGCCCCGCGCCCCGAAGAUCAACACCUGCAUGGACUCGCUGGAGGCCAUCGAUCAGGAGCUGUCGAACGUCAACGCCCAGGCCGACAGGGCCUUUCUCCAGCUGGAGCGCAAGUUCGGGCGGAUGCGCAGGCUCCACAUGCAGCGCCGGAGUUUCAUUAUCCAGAAUAUCCCGGGUUUCUGGGUCACCGCUUUUCGGAACCACCCCCAGCUGUCGCCCAUGAUCAGCGGCCAGGACGAAGACAUGAUGAGGUACAUGAUCAACCUGGAGGUGGAGGAGCUCAAACAUCCCCGAUCUGGCUGCAAAUUCAAGUUCAUCUUUCAAAGCAACCCCUACUUCCGAAACGAGGGGCUUGUCAAAGAGUACGAGCGCAGGUCCUCGGGCCGCGUGGUGUCCCUGUCCACUCCGAUCCGCUGGCACCGGGGCCAGGACCCCCAGGCCCACAUCCACAGAAACCGGGAGGGCAACACCAUCCCCAGUUUCUUCAACUGGUUCUCCGACCACAGCCUUCUGGAAUUCGACAGGAUUGCCGAGAUCAUUAAAGGGGAACUCUGGUCCAAUCCCCUGCAGUACUACCUGAUGGGUGAAGGGCCCCGAAGAGGAUUUCGAGGUGCACCCAGGCAGCCCGUGGAGAGCCCCAGAUCCUUCAGGUUCCAGUCUGGCUAAAGAAACCUCGGCCCUCCUGAGAAGCUCCUGUUCAAGUUUCUUCACUGCCCUCUUGUGCUUGGCCGGCAGCAUGCAGCCUUCUGUCUGCUUUCUCUUGUACUGAGUUAUUUUGUCCUUUGGUCCUAAGUCUUCUACAGUUGUUCACCAGACUGUCAGACUGUCAUUAUGUAUGUACCUGUGCCUGCCCUCUUCCUCUGCAUCUCAGCUGACGCGUUCCAAGUGCAUGGCCUCCACUGCUUUUCUUGCCAAGCUCCUGAUGAUACAGACUGCUCUCCCUUGCAUGGCUUGGAUCGUCCUGUGACGGGGGUCUUCUCCCAGCUUUCUAUGUGGUUCUCUGCCAUGAGGAAGCUUGACCCAUCUUUAUAAAUAACUAGUCAGGCUUUGCAUUCUCUGCCGGCUGUGCUCCUGAUAUCCUGAUACUAUGACAAACUCUUGAGUCUCACUACUGCAAGAUGAAAUUGACAUCCAACCCAGCCAUCAACCCAAACUGGACAAUCCAGGCUACCACUAAGGGAGUCCAGCUGUUUUGCUGGGUCUUUGCUAUCUAUCCUGCUUGUUCAUCUGGUAGGACAAGCAGGAGGUGGGUGUGGGGGGUGAUGUCUAGGCAUGAGUGAAGUAACCUGAGUGUUUUAUGUUAUGUUGGUCUUCUAGCUUUAGUUUGCUGUGCGUCAUGAUCAGCUACUGGUGAGUAUGGAGGCCUGUGUUUCGGCCCCUGCUGAUUUGCUUUACACAUCCCUGGCUGCCUCAGGGCUCCCUAUGGACUUACGAUCCCAGGCACUGUACAGGAUCCUCCUGCCCCCAUGAUGUCCUACGAAUGCAGUUAGCCAAGUCCCUUUUUUCUUUCUCAGCUCUCCAACUAACCACCUUUACUGUAGGCAACCCUUAGAUACUCCCCAUUUAACCUCUUCCUUAUUCUGUCUUGUCAUGACAAAGUCGACAGAGUAGGAGCACUGAGAAAUAGUUUCCU